AAAAAAGCUAACAACAACGUGCUACCACUGUGUUUGUUACAAGCAUCAGCAGUAACAGCACAAUUUCCAAAUCAUCCUCAAUAAUAUUACCCUCCUCCUCCUCCUCUUUAAAGUUAAAUGUUGCUUCACCAUUCAAAUCGACAAGAAGUAUUAGAAGGUAAACAACAACAACAACAACAGAGAAACCAUUAAAACAUUCCUCAUUCAAAUCUAUUCAAAUCAGCAUUAUCAAUUAUUAUUUGUAAAUAUCUAUAGAUAACAGAGAAUCAAAUUUUACUUCCGAAGAGUUUCAACUUUUUUCAUCAUCAUCAAUACAAUAACACAGAAGAAUAACAAGUCAACUCUUUUAUAGCCAACAACCUUCUUCGAGUCUUCCCACUACAACAACUUAAAUUAUACACAAACUAUCAACAAUAAUAAUAUAACAUCAUGCCUGUUGUACCAUUCCUUCGGGAUGAUCGACCAUACUUUAAUUUGGUUCCAUCCCUGAUCAUUUCGACCAACGUAACGACUUUCUUCUUUAUCAUAUUUGGAGCAGUUACUGUUCUGAUAACGAAAGGCUUUCGAUUUCAACAGAAAAAGACACGAACUGAUGAAUACAUUAAACAGAGGCAAAUGACAUUUAGACUGGGAAAGGAUCCUAAUUCUGUGCCAAAACCCAAUUUUUCAGAUCAGAAAGAAUUGGAAAAGGAAGACAAGAAAAUCAUUUAUAAUAGAUUGCGUGAUCCUUCACAGUUUGUCUUUGAAGGAUUUGGCUUUAAAAGACCAUUAACCAUAUUACUGUACAUUUUCCGAGUGAUUGUUGCAUUGUGGAUAACAGUGCAAAUGUCUAUUGAUCCAACCUUUUUCAGACCAAAGGAUUUCAUGACAUACUUUUCGUUUUUUACAAAUACUUCAGCUCUAGUGCUGGCAAUUUACUAUGUUUUGCAAUCAGUAUUUGGAUUGUUUUACAUUACAUCAUGCUACAAGUACUUUAAUGAAUCUGAAACUGAAGGACCUACUAAAAGUUUAGAUGAAUUGCAUCCUUUGGUCCGAAAAUUAUUUAGUUUCGUUUCUACGGUACUGUGGUUACUUGCUGAGUGGAAUCAUGUAUCGGCAGUCGUGGUUGUGAUUGGAUAUUGGGUCAUGGUUAUACCCGACCUUGCAAAUGGAAAUCCAACUAAUAACGACCCCGACCCAAUGUCCUACUUUACAUUCGGGUAUCAUGGCAUGAAUCUACUAUUUAACAUUAUUGAGUUUUUCCUGUCUAAUUUGGUUUUCAGAAUUUGGCACAUUUUCCUGGUGCUUCUCUAUCCAUCAAUUUAUUGCAUUUGGGUUCAAGUUAUUUUGGAAACUGGAGCUGCAACUAAGUGGCCAUAUGGUAUAAUUGACUAUUACAGAUUUCCUUGGUAUUCAGUCAUUUUCUUUGUUUUUGGAAUUUUCCUAGUAUUUGUAAUUGUAUUUAUUAUUUAUUGGGUUAUUACAACCAUCAGAUUGAUGAUUCUCACAAAGAAAUUGAAGAAUAUCAGAGUAUUCUUGAGAAGGAGAGACACUGAGAAAGUUAGUGGCUUGGUUGCUGACUCUGUUCAUACCUUUGUCAAUACAGUAAUUGAAAUGGAUCAAAUUAUGGAAGAGAGUCAUCCUUCUCAACCUUCAGUUCAUUACAGGGCAAACUCUACCAUUUCAACUGCUGUGAGUUCAACCCCUCCAAUAUCGCCCAUGUCAAAUUGGCCAGCCACUGAUGAACAUGCAGUUUCUCCUCCAAGUUUCCUUAACACUCCAGAUACUGUUCAGCCAGGAAUAAUUUCAAAUGAUGGAACGUAUGAGGAACCUCUGGCACCAAGAGGAAUCAAGAAAACUCAAGAGGUUGUCAUUGCUGCUUGCACAGUGCAUUGUUCAACUGAUUCUUAUAUUGCUUCAUCUUAUGCAUAUCCAUACGCUUAUCCAUAUUCAUAUGGAGGAUAUGGAGCAUACGGAGGAUAUGGAGCAUAUGGAGGUGUCAAUUGCUAUCCACCUGUUGCUUCAACUUAUGCCUAUGCAGUUGCUCCAGUUACCUAUGCUGCUCCUGUGGCUGCAACCUAUGCAGUUGCUGCACCAGUUGCCACUUAUGCAGUUGCUCCAGUUUCAUAUGCUGCUCCUUAUGCUUACCCAUACGCCUAUGCAAGACCUUGCUAA